ACGUAAACAGGUGACUCCAUACUGUCACGGUAUAAUCUAUCGCCGCUGCAGAAGACUUGCUCUUGCGAUCCCUUUAGACAAAUACCGAAAUCAUGUCAGAUAGGGAGUUCAGCUCAAAUGACGACUUGUCGCUUCCUAAAGCGACGGUCCAGAAAAUCAUCACCGAGAUCCUUCCCCCCUCGUCCGGACAAUCCUUCUCCAAAGACGCGCGCGACCUUCUCAUGGAAUGUUGCGUUGAAUUCAUCACCCUAAUCUCCUCCGAAGCGAACGACAUCAGCGAAAAAGAGGCCAAGAAGACCAUAGCGUGUGAGCAUGUGGAGCGGGCUCUACGUGACCUCGGGUUUGGCGAUUACGUCCCGGAUGUCCUUGCAGUUGCGGAGGAGCACAAGGAGCAGUUGAAGUCGCGGGAAAAGAAGCAGAGCAAGAUGGAGCAGAGCGGGUUGUCAGAGGAGGAGCUGCUUCGUCAGCAGCAGGAGCUGUUCCGCUCGGCGACGGAGAAGUAUCAUGCUGCGCCGGAGGGUACUGAGUGAAGGAAUAUGGUUUAUUCAUGCAGAUCGUAUACCUAAUGAGGGCUCGUGCUGGUCAUGACGGACGGAGUUUAUACUUAAAGGGUUAUGGAGUUAUAGGCUUCUAUCAUAGUACACUUGAGGGAAAUAUAUUUAUGUCGGUCUCAU